AGACGGACAGUAAGGCAGAGUUACAGCCUAACUAAACAGCGAAGAAACAAGUUAAAAUGCCAGUGUGAUAGGCUAAAACCCCGCAGUUUUUCUUACGACAUACGCGGAAACCGUCGCGGCUUGUUUGUGCGUGUUUUGAGGUGUUUGAACUUCCCUCACAUUCUCCCCCCAGCGUGUUUUCACGAAGGGAGGCGGCGGAGCAGCGCUCGGCGGCCAUCUUUGGACCUGCCUGGGAGUGGGAUCCGACUAUUCUGGCACCCCACUUACUUCGAGGGUGGGGAUUUUUUUUAACCUACAAUAAUUCUCAAAUCUGCGCGUUAUAAUCGACUGACAGCGUUGGGAACCGCAAGGAGUUAGCUCAAGAAAUCAACGCGCCGGGGAUGAACCGGGAAGGAGACUUUUAUAAUCCCAAAGUGUGUUGAAUUAACACGACAGUCUGUGCAGUGCUGGCCUGUCAGGAGAGGCUCUGAACACAUAUGAGACCACUGUCCUGCAGAUGAGCCAUCGGUGGGGGCUUUCAAGUCGCUGUCGCAGACCCAGAUAGUUCCUGGCGGCAGCGGCAUUGCCCCCCAACUCCCCAUUAUGCCCAACAGCAGUCGGGCGGGGAGCCUGAAGGACCCCGAAAUUGCUGAGCUCUUCUUCAAGGAGGACCCAGAAAAGCUCUACUCAGAUCUGCGAGAGAUCGGACAUGGCAGCUUUGGUGCUGUAUAUUUUGCACGGGAUGUGCGGACAAAUGAGGUGGUGGCCAUCAAGAAGAUGUCUUACAGUGGAAAGCAGUCUGCUGAGAAAUGGCAAGACAUAAUCAAGGAGGUGAAAUUCCUGCAGAGGAUACAACACCCGAACAGCAUCGAGUACAAAGGAUGUUACCUGCGAGAGCACACCGCCUGGCUGGUAAUGGAAUAUUGUCUGGGCUCCGCUUCAGAUUUGUUAGAAGUUCACAAGAAACCUUUGCAAGAGGUUGAAAUAGCUGCAAUUACCCAUGGUGCUCUUCAAGGGUUGGCUUAUCUUCACUCCCACAACAUGAUUCACCGAGAUAUCAAGGCAGGAAACAUCUUACUGACGGAGCCAGGGCAGGUAAAACUGGCAGAUUUUGGUUCUGCCUCCAUCGCCUGUCCUGCCAACUCCUUUGUUGGGACUCCAUAUUGGAUGGCUCCAGAGGUAAUUUUAGCUAUGGAUGAAGGCCAGUACGAUGGAAAGGUGGACAUUUGGUCUCUGGGAAUAACCUGCGUUGAAUUAGCUGAGAGGAAGCCUCCACUGUUCAACAUGAAUGCAAUGAGUGCCUUAUACCAUAUAGCACAGAAUGAGAGCCCCACACUGCAGUCUAGUGAAUGGACGGAUUAUUUCAGAAACUUUGUAGAUUCUUGCCUUCAGAAAUUUCCCCAGGAUAGGCCCAACUCUGAGGAGCUCUUAAAGCAUGCAUUUGUCCAGCGUGAGCGGCCAGAAUCCGUUCUAAUAGACCUGAUAAGUCGGACUAAGGAUGCUGUGAGGGAGCUUGACAAUCUGCAGUAUCGUAAGAUGAAGAAGAUCUUGUUUCAGGAAGCCCACAAUGGCCCCACAACAGAGGCACAAGAUGAAGAGGAGGAGCCAGAACACAGCGUGGGUAGGACGGGUACAGUGAACAGCGUGGGGAGCAACCAAUCCAUACCCAGUAUGUCAAUCAGUGCCAGUUCCCAGAGCAGCUCUGUCAACAGUCUAACAGACGCGGGCGAUGACAAGAGCGAGGUGGACAUUGAGGGAGACCACACCGUCAUGUCCAACAGCUCUGUGAUACACCUCAAACCGGAGGAAGAGACGUAUAACGAAGAGUCGGAGCCUAACACCCGGCCAACUGAGCCACAGUCCCCGCCUGCACACACUCCACGGCCAAAACGGAACCGCGAACACUUUGCUACGAUACGCACAGCCUCAGUGCUCACUCGCCAGAUCAAGGAGCAUGAGCAGGAUUCUGAGUUACGGGAACAGAUAUUGGGCUAUAAGCGCAUGAGACGGCAGCACCAGAAACAGCUGAUGGCUCUGGAAAACAAGCUGAAGGCUGAGAUGGAUGAGCACAGGCUCCGCCUGGACAAGGAGCUGGAGAACCAGAGGAAUAGCUUCUCCCAGGAGAUGGAGAAACUGAUCAAGAAGCACCAGGCGUCAAUGGAGAAAGAUGCAAAAACGUUUUCCAAUGAUGAAAAGAAGUUCCAACAACAUAUUCAGAGUCAGCAAAAGAAAGAGCUCAGCAGCUUCCUCGAAUCCCAGAAACGGGAGUACAAACUUCGCAAGGAACAACUCAAAGAGGAGUUGAAUGAAAAUCAGUCAACACCCAAGAAAGAAAAGCAGGAGUGGUUGUCCAAGCAGAAGGAAAACUUCCAACACUUCCAAGCUGAGGAAGAGGCCAACUUGCAGCGCAGACAGAGGCAGUAUCUGGACCUCGAGUGCCGCAGGUUCAAACGGAGGAUCUUGAUUGCUCGCCACAAUAUUGAACAGGACUUAGUGCGUGAGGAGCUAAACAAGCGUCAGACCCAGAAGGACUUGGAACAUGCCAUGCUUCUCCGGCACCAUGAGGCCAUGCAAGAACUGGAGUUCCGCCAGCUCAACACCAUCCAAAGGACGAGGGCUGAGCUCAUCCGCCUGCAGCACCAGACGGAGCUCACCAAUCAGCAGGAGUACAACAAGAGGAGGGAGAGGGAACUUCGACGCAAACACGUUAUGGAGGUUCGCCAGCAGCCCAAGAGCCUCAAGUCCAAAGAGCUACAGAUCAAGAAGCAGUUCCAGGACACUUGUAAGAUCCAGACCAGGCAGUACAAAGCACUGAGGAACCAUCUGUUGGAGACCACACCAAAGUCAGAGCACAAGGCUGUCCUUAAACGGCUGAAGCAGGAGCAGCACCGCAAACUUGCCAUCUUGGCAGAGCAGUAUGACCACUCCAUCAAUGAGAUGCUUUCCACUCAGGCGCUUCGGCUGGAUGAGACUCAGGAGGCUCAGUGCCAAGGCCUGCGAAUGCAGCUCCAGCAGGAGCUGGAGCUUCUCAACGCCUACCAGAGCAAGAUCAAGAUGCAGACAGAUGCCCAGCACGACCGUGAGAGGAAGGACCUGGAGCAGAGGGUGUCACUCCGAAGGGCCCUGCUGGAACAGAAGAUUGAGGAGGAGAUGAUGUCCUUGCAGAACGAACGCUUGGAGCGAAUCCGGAGCCUGCUGGAACGUCAAGCCCGAGAGGUUGAGGCCUUCGACUCGGAGAGUAUGCGCCUGGGCUUCAGCAACAUGGUGCUAUCAAACGUCUCCCCGGAGAACCUCAGCAAUAGCUUUCCCGGGGCUCCAGCCAGUUGGAGUCACCAUCAGCAACAGCACCCAUCUGGGGGCUCUCAAGGGUCACACUGGGGCAGUGGCGGUUCAGGCGCAGGGUCAAGCCACCACGGCAGCCAUCACCACUAUCACUCCAGUCCGGGAGGGGCGUCCAUGCAGCAAGGCUGGGGGCAGGGCAUGCAGGGAGGUGGGGCGCCAUCACCUUGGGGCCACCCGUCAGCAGCAUCCCUGGUGUCGCGCAGCAGUGGAGGUGUACAGAACAGCCCCCAAGCAAUGGGGAGGACACCCUCAGGAGGGCGCAGUGAGCAGAGCAUGAGCAGGAGUACCAGUGUCACCUCUCAAAUAUCUAACGGGUCACACCUCUCCUACACAUAGAUCCCCUGGAGUCAGAAUUUGAGCGUGGAGAUGUAUAAUCCAACAAACACAGCAGGACAGAGUCUGCGACACUCCCCCCUCCCCUUGUACAGAUGUGGAUGUGCGAUGAAAUAAAUGUUGCUCAGGUCAAAAGGGCUGGAAGAGACGCAGCCCGUCCUCACGGCAGUUUAUCGGCACACAUACAGAUCCUUAAAUUUAUGUUACAUAAGCAACUUGAGUGUCAACACAUAAUACUCCCAUUUGUUUUUAUUUACAGCUCUCUCCUGCGGUAUUUUUAAAACGUAUGUUUUGUGCUCUUCACAGCCAUUGCUCUCAUUUUGCACAUGAAACACUGUUAAAAAGCCUUUGACAUGUGUUAACUAUGUCCUUUAGAAUUGUGGUAUCAAACAAUCACAGUAACUGAUUUAAUUUAGGAUGCUGAUACUGAUUCAUAUUCAGUUAUACACUGGUCGAUCUCUGACGGUGGUUUAAAAACGCAGCAGACCGAACUAAAGAUGCUUUGCUGUUGUGAUACCAGCCUGCUGUAAUGGUCAUCGUGAUAAAUUAGAAGCCUCCUUUUUAUUCACUAGUUUUAUUUCACUUGAUUUCCUGGUCAUCAGCCAAAAUGAGACACAUUCAGAGCCAAAUAAACUAAUCUUAGCUGUUUCAGGCUUAUGCUACAACACUAUUACAGUGCCUUUUAACCUUUUGAUUAUAAAAAUUGGUCUCAUAUGUUUAUAGUUUAAUAUUUUAAAUUUCAGCAUCAGUUUAUAAUCAGUGCCAGUGUAUGUUCAGUUUACUUUGGUUUUAGUUACAGAAGUCCCAAAUACUUUCCUCAGACUAUUAUAUUCACUGUGUAUGCAGUAAAGUGGGUUUAAGUCUUAUAAAUGGUGAGAAAUAGAAGAGUACUUGUGUAUAUCAGCAACUAUAUUUUUAGGUCUUUAGAGUGGUGGUACUCUAGGGGUUAACUUAGAAACUCCUGCGUUACAGAGAAUGUCAUAGUACACAUUAACAGGAGGGAAAGAAGGAGACUCAUUUGCCUUCAAAAAACAAUCCUAGUAUUGAUCUGUUGAUUUUUAUUAGUGCCUUUUUAAACUGCUGCCUUUUUCAAAGCACUUUAUACAGCGGAAAAUGUGUGAAUUUAAUAUUUGACUUCUUUUUGCUAAGCACCUGGUGGAUGAGUGUUUCAUCGGUACGUAUGUAGUUGGAGUCGAGCUAACCCGUGCUGUGAUUUUUAGGAGCAAUUUCCCAAGUACAGACAGGACGUAAUGCAGUAUGUGAGUUAAAGCAUUUCUCCCUAUCGGCAACUUGUACUGAAACUGUAGCUGUUGUUGGUUUUCUCCUCUUUGAGUUUAGAUUGAAGAGAGGAUGUGAGGAUGCCGCAGGCUUUCUUCGAUAUGUUUUGGCUACAGUUUCCAUAAAACAAACUGAACUGAGAAGGACUCCAUUGUAUGCAGGCAGAGAGCUCAAGGUAAUUGUCAUGACCAUGACAGCAGGCUUGGCACUACAAAAAAAAAUUACAACACUUUAAAAAAGAAAAAUGUUGGGGCCCAGUUUAGUAACACUAAAAAUAUAAAAGGUGCUAAGUUAUAAAUGUUACACCAUCUCAUCAGAACCCAAGAACAAGGGUGACUGAAUGAAGCACACGCUCGCAUGAUGGCAUUGUAUCAUAUACAUGUAAAUGUAAAUCUGAGUCAACGUGCACUCUUUGAAAAUAGCCAAAUAACAAAAUAAAUGUGGCAAAAAAGCACUUAGGUAUUCCUUUGAUAGCUCUAGCAGUUCCUAUAUAAUACCUGUGUCUGCUCGCUCCCUUUUCUCUGGUUUGUGUUGAGAUAAUUGGAGAAGUUGGUGCCCAUUAAACCUUUUUUCAGCCUCUCCGUUCAAGUUAGGCUUUCCAUUUCCACACAUAGAGGCCGUUAUCCAGAGAUAGUAAUGAUAUAUGCUCCCUUGAAUCACAAAGCUGGAGUUAAAUGUUCAUAUGUGUAUAUUUUAUUAAAGAAAACAUUUAAAAACUAAACUCAUUUUAAGAAAAUAAUUUCUAAAACUAACUUUAUUUAACUUGCAGACCACACUGAUAUUAGCAGAUCUUUCACUCUCAAAGUGGUUUUGAGUUGUCAGCUCAUCGAAGAUAUUCUUGGUUUUGUGUACACAUGCGUGUAUUUGCUGUCAUCUCCUUUAAAUGCCACUUCUUUUAGUUAAAUGGCCAUGUCUGAGCAUUAUCACUGCAGGGUUUGUUCACCCCCCACUGCAAAUGUUUGAUUAAUAAUUUGUCCCCAUUCCACUAUGAUUCAGAGCCAACUUUUCAGAUGCUGGCUCUUUCUGAAUGUCAUACUGAGAUAUAUUCCUAUCACAUUUGAGGACACAAAAAUGCUGGGGUAUUUUUCUUUAAUAGGUAGGAUGUAAAGUUUCCACACAUGUAUAUAUCCUAUCCUUGAAAGUAUGCAUUAUAUCAAGUUACUUAUGGUUUGGUCCUAAAACUCUGUAAUUUCUUUUUUUUUUUUUUUUUACUGCCAAGUGACUAGCUCCAGCUACUGUAACACAGCAGGUUAUAUUCAUCAUUUCUUUUCUGAUUUAUUGAUAUUUGGAAAAUAAAAGGGGAAUGUAUUUAUCAUGAUCGUAAUCUUACGUUAAGUCAAAAGCCAAGAGUUUGAAUGUCAGGCCAAUCAAACCUCACAUACAUGCCAACCUUAAGUUUGUAUGCACAACUGUUGCUCACUUGUAUGUCAAUGUUGUGUGUGAGGGAGUCUGGAUAUUAUUGUCAAUCAUUGUCAGUCAUGAGACCUCUCCACAAACCUGGAUUUUAUAUUUUAUUUCUUUUUUUUUUUAACUUUGAUGUCAAAUUUUUUCCUACUGACUGAAAGCUUAUGGGAUACCGAAUGAGAAUUGGCAACAAACAAAUGGCGAUCCUUUCUAUGGUCAAACACUGUGCCAUACCUGAGUUGCCAAGCCCAGAUACCAAUACAUUGUCUCAUCUCCAUGGUUUUACCUAUCAGUGGGCUAACGGCACAAAAUGUAUGAAACAUGAAAACAAGUUGGUUCUGGUCUAGUGGCCAAAGUAACAAAAAAGAAAGAAAAAGGCUUGAAUAGAUGAUGUGGUGACAGGCAAAUUAUGAAAAGAGAUUGCAUGUCUUUGAAGAUGUCAGUAUUCUUCUUUGGCACAUUACCACUACAACUCAUAACCUGUAUUAAAAUGUAUAGAUGGUGGAACUUGUUAUUGAAUGUCAGAGAGAUUAUGAAGAUACUACAUAAGAGAUGGUAAAGUACUAAAAGUGGAUUUAAAUUGUGUAAAAAGAUUCAUAAAACAAUAAAAAUAGGAUCAAAUUUACUAUUUUGUUUGUAUUAUAUUUACCAUUGUGUUGGCAGAGGGAUAUUGAACAGAAAUCAGCUGUAAUAAAGUAAUUUUAGUAUAACUGGG